AUGCGCUUCUCAACCCUCAUCCCUAUGCUGCUUGCAGCCGGUGUUGCCAACGCCCAAUUUGGCGGCCAAGGUGGAAACAACGGUCAGAACAAUGGUCAGAACAACGGUCAGAACGGCGGCAACAACGGACAAAACAACGGCCAGAACGGAGGCAACAAUGGCCAGAACAACGGUCAGAACAACGGCGGCAACAACGGUGGUAACAACGGAGGCAACAACGGCGGUGGUGGUGGUAACCUAGCCCUCAACCCUGAUGUUGUUCAAACUGCCAGCCAGUCCGAUGGAUUCGACCAGGGCCAAGAAGAUGGACAAGCCGCGUCUCUCACUGACCAAGCCAACUUCAUCAACUUCUGCCAGGGCAAGACCCUCACCAACGGUCUCCAGGUCAAGGAGGGAUCCUGCAACGGUAUCGUCAUGGGAGAUAUUCCUGCCGUUGGUAACAUGAUCUCUGCGGUCUUCACCAGCCCCCAGAACAACGAACAAGGCAUCCAGGAAAACCAGAAGAUCGACUUCUCCGUGAAGAUCACCAACUUGGAGGCCGGUUCUUUCACCAACCCUGACAACACCUACUACGCUGCCCCGCAGACGCUUCAGGGAGGCAACGUCGUUGGCCACACCCAUAUCUCCGUCCAGGACAUGGGUAACGACGCCAACAACCCUCCUGAUGCUCAGAACUUUGCUUUCUUCAAGGGUAUCAACGACGCUGGUGACGGCAAUGGUCUUCUCACUGCCACGCUCGAGGCUGGUCUCCCUGCCGGUAACUACCGUGCUUGCUCUAUCACCUCUGCCUCCAACCAUCAGCCUGUUGUCAUGCCUGUCGCUCAACGUGGUCCUCAGGAUGACUGUGUGAGGUUCACUGUUGGCGGUGGCGGCGGAGGCGGCAACAACGGUGGCAACAACGGUGGCAACAACGGUGGCAACAACGGCGGCAACAACGGCCAGAACAACGGCCAGAACAACGGUCAGAACAACGGUCAGCAAGGUGGUCAACAGGGAGGCCAGCAGGGCGGCCAGCAAGGUGGACAGCAGGGCGGUCAACAAGGAGGCCAACAAGGAGGCGGUCAAGGCGUCCAGGGAGGACAGGGCGGCUUCGGCGGCUUCGGUCGUGGACGUGGACGCGGACGCUUCAACCGCCGCAGCUUUGCCGCACGUGACUUCGUCGCCUAG